UUACAACUUUUUUUGUAAAUGUACAACUUUAUUCUCAUAGUAUUACAACUUUUUCUCAUAAAUGUAAAACUUUAUUGUCAUAAAUUUAUGCCUUUAUUCUCUUAAUAUUGCAACUUUUUUUCUCAUAAAUUUACAACUUUAUUCUUAAAAUCUUCGUUGUUUUUUUUUUAAAUCUGGCCCUAAUACAGUACUCUGUCAUAUUUUUCUCAUUCCCAAAUAAUAUUACAUAUUCUCAUAAAAUUACUGCUUUUUUUCAUUAAAAGACAACUUUUUCUUUUAAUAUUUUGACUUUAUUCUCAUAAAAUUAUUGCAGAUUUUUCCAUUUCUGCUAUUUUUUUUUUUUCGACUGAUUAUGAGGGCAGUGUUGGAUCUUAAGGAGUUUUCUAAGUAGAGCUUCAAAAUGCAAGAAGAAUUGAAAGAAAGAAGAAGCAUUCAAGUGAAAUAGGCCGCUCAUCAGCUGAUAGCGACAAAAAGCCCCUGAAAUGGAAAUCAAAUGUUGCAAUGGCUGCGCCCGUUCUUGUUCAUGGGGUGAAUUCAUGCUUGAUGCCAGAGUUUCCAGAAGGCUGGUGGGAAUGUUGCUCCUUCACGGACAAAAUCCACUGUCUGGAACUGAAACGUUGCUUGCCAUCCAUCCCCAAAUGUUCUCCACUGGAUUUAGAUGAGGGGAGCACCCAUUUUGGAUGGUCCAAAGGAGUGAGCCUAUCCCUCUUUGUGAAGUGCAGCGUUGUCCUGUUAAAAAAGCCAGUCAUCACCACACAGACGAGGGCCUUCCGUCAUGAGGGAUGACCCCUGCGACAUCUCCACAUAGCCAUCUGCCGUUUGACGCCCUUGCGCAACCUGAAGCUCCAUUGUUCCAAUGAAGGAUCAUGAUGGCACCCCACUUUUUUACUUUCUUAGAGCCCUCUAGACAUGAAAUAACACCCCUAUAGUCACCUUUACACUCCUAUUACCCAAUAUAGUAGACAUAAUAAGAGAAAAUAAGACAUAUUGGGCAUGAAAACCUGUUUACAACCUUCUAAAUACAGUUUUUUUAGUAUUAUUAGAGGCAUGUAGACAUGAAAUAACAUCCCUAUACAGUAGUCACUCUUACACGUAUUAUGCAAUAUAGUAGACAUAAUAAAAGAAAAUAAGACAUAUAAGACAUAGAAAACGUUUUAACGGCCUUCUAAAUAUGGUUUUUAACAUGAUUAGAGCCCUCUAGACAUGAAAUAACACCCCUAUAGUCACCUUUACACUUCUAUUACCCAAUAUAGUAGACAGAGAAGAUAAGAUGUAUACUGCAUAUAUAAUGUACGUAUAUGUACGCAUGUAUGGAUUGUUCCAGCAGGCGGCCAUGUUGUCCAUCCCUGACCUGAUCAAGAAGAAGCGAGACGGCAGCCGGCUGAGCAAUGAGGACAUCAAAGCUCUGAUAGGGGCACUAAUGAGCGGAUCCAUUCAGGACAGUCAGACGGGCGCCAUGUUGAUGGCCAUCUGGCAGAAGGGCAUGGACGGCGCCGAGACGGAGGCUCUGACCAGAGAGAUGAUGCUCUCGGGGGAAGUCAUGUCGUGGCCUGAGGAGUGGGCGGGACUUGUGGUGGACAAGCACUCCACUGGCGGCGUGGGGGACAAAGUCAGCCUGGUGCUGGCGCCUGCGCUCGCCGCCUGCGGCCUGAAGGUGCCCAUGAUCAGUGGGCGGGGCCUUGCUCAUACCGGCGGCACGCUGGACAAACUGGAGUCCAUUCCUGGUUUCAACAUCCACCAGUCGGUCCAGCAGGUCCGAGCCAUACUGAGCGCUGUGGGCUGUUGCAUCGUGGGCCAGACCCAAACCCUGGUACCUGCUGACCGGGUCCUCUACGCCAUGCGGGACGCCACCAGCACCGUGGACAGCCUGCCGCUCAUCACCGGCUCCAUUAUCUCCAAGAAAGGGGCGGAGUCUCUGUCUGCGCUGGUUCUGGACGUGAAGUUUGGACGGGCGGCUCUGUUUAAGGACUUGGACGGCGCCAAGCAGCUGGCCAGCCUCCUGGUGCGGGCGGGCAACGGGCAGGGCAUGCGCACGGCGGCGGUGCUGAGCAGGAUGGACGCUCCCAUUGGUCGAUGUGUGGGCAACAGUCUGGAAGUGAUGGAGUCUCUGAACACGCUGAAGGGACACGGACCCGAAGACCUGAUGGAGCUCGUCACCACCCUCGGCGGCGUGCUGCUGGUCAUGACCGGCCUGGCAUCCGACCAAUCACAAGGCAGAGAGAAGAUAUCCCGGGCUGUGAUUGGAGGAGAGGCUCUGCUGAAAUUCCAGACUAUGAUGGAGGCUCAGGGCGUGGCCAAGGAGAUGGCACGGGCGCUAUGCUCCGCCCACACGGACUACUUCUCCAUCCUGAGGAAAGCAGAGCACGGCGUGGAGCUGACAAGCGGCGAGGACGGCGUCGUGGAGGACGUGGACGGUCUGCUCCUCGCACAGGUGCUUCACCAGCUGGGGGCGGGGCGAACCAAGGCCGGGCAGCCUGUCAAUCACAGCGUGGGGGCGGAGCUGCUGCUGCCUCUGGGCCAGACGGUCAAGAAAGGUGCGCCCUGGUUGCGUCUCCACUACGAGGACCCGCCUCCCAGUCCAGACCAGAUCUGUCGACUGCAGAGCGCCCUGGUGGUGAGAUCGCCGGCACAGCGACGCCAGCAUCAAAGAGGCAACUUGGUCAAAGAAGUCAUGCUUCCUUUUUAGCGUGGAAUAUACGCUCAUACGCUUCCUCCGUGUCUGCUUGUUCAUCUUUCACGCCAGAGACAGGAAAACAAAGGAAUUCAAUGCAUUCAAAUACUCCAAAGUAAAGAUAGAAAUGUUUGUCAUCGUGUCCUCAACUGAGGAAAACAUGAUUGCGGAAGGCAGGGGUGUCCAAAGUGCGGCACAAGGGCCACGACUGCUUUUUUAUUGGCCCCCGAAACAUUCUAAAAAUAUAAUGAUGUAUUAUAACAAGAAUAUUACAAAAAAAAAACAGCAAAAAUGGGAAAAUCUGCAGUAAUUUUACAACAAAAAAGUAAGAAUGUUUUUUUAAGUUGUAAUCUGUCAAAAAAAAAGUCCUUAUGAAAAUAACGUCUUGUUAUAAGAAAAAAAGUGGAAAUAAUAUGGGAAUAAAGUCAUAAUAUUACGAUUAGAAAAAACAGCAGAAAUUUUAAGAAUAAAGUGAAAGUAUUAAGAGGCAAAAAGUCGUAUUGUAACGAGAAAAAAGUUGCAAUUUUACGAGAAUAAACUUGUAAUAUUAUGAGGAAAAAUAACGUCAUUUUACAAUCAUAACGUGGACAUAUUCAAGAAAAAAAAGUUGUAAUAUUAUGAGAAGCAAACAAACCAAAAUAAAGUUGUCAUUUUUAAAUAUUACAAGAAAGUAGAAAUAUUUGGAAAAUUUAAAAAAAAACUGCAGAAAUUUCAUUUUAAGGUUAACGUCAAAGUAUGAAGAGGCAAAAAGUCGUAAUGUAACGAGAAAAAAGGCGCAAUUUCACGAGAAUAAACUUGUAAUAUUGUGAGGAAAAAUGUCAUUUUAGUAGCAUAAAGUUGAAAUAUUGAAGAAAAAAAGACAUUUUUUAAAAGUCGUAAUGUGACAAACACAAUUAAGUUGCUGAGGUAAAAUUUAUAUUAUGAGAAUAAGGUUAAAAUAUUACAAAAAAUAAAAUUACAAAAAAGUUGGAAUUAAAAAAAAAAACCCACAGCAAACAGUUGUAAUUUUACAAGUCCAUAUGUUCAUCGAAAAAAGUGGCAGUUUUACGAGUAAACUAUAAUAUUAUGCAGAAAACACAAUGCCGUUUUAGUAGCAUAUCAAAGUAAAAGGCAUUUUUUUAAGUCAUAAAAUUAUGACAAACAAAGAAAGCUUGGGGGGAAAGUUAUAUUAUGGGAAUAAGUUUAAAAUAUGAAAAUAACAUCAAGAGAUGAAAACCAAAUUAGCUUAGCGGGCACAUUUUCGCUGCAAUAAAGCUAAACUACAGGUCACAUGAUCGCAAUGUCAUUCCAUUCUGUUAUUAGCUAUUAGCAUCAAGUUAGCGAACUACGACGGACUGUUCCUUUAAAAAACAAAAAGCCCAGAAGAUGGCGCUCAACGCAAACAAAUAGAUAAAUCUUGGUGGAAAAUUCCAGUUCUUUUUGACAUUUGUCCGGAAUUAGUUGAGGAAGAAUAAGAUAUAAUAAUAAAGUUGUAAUAGUAAGAUGGCUGCACUUUGCUAGCAGGCCCAAAACUACAAACAUGGACGCCCAAACAAAACUUCCUUUAGAUAUUAGCAUCAAGCAAGUGAAAUUAGUCGGACAGUAACAUUUGUUAAAAAACGUCCUUUUGUCCAGACUUUGUUGCAGAAGAAUAAGAUAUAAUAAAAUAGUAACAAUAAGAUGGCUGCACUUUGCUAGCAGCCCCAAAACUACAAACAUGGACGUCCAAACACUUUAUUACCAUACACCAUAACAAUACAAGCAUAAAAAACAGAAAAUCAUCUUUUAUUUUUUUAAAAAUACGAGGAUGGGGGGGUUCAUAGGUCAGUGGACGACGGAGUUGAGCGGCUCAGCUCUGAUGUUUCCUAAAUCCAACGUGGAGUCCGUCUCCUCGUCGAUCUCGCCAAUCACCGCUCUGACGCACACACACGCGCACAGACUGAGUGACGUCACACUGACAAAGAAGCAGACUGGGGCGAGGUGAAAGUUCACUCACACAUUGUCGCCCCUGACGAUGUAAAGUCCCAGCACCACCUGCUCCACACCCUGACUGGAACUGAAGACGCGCUCGUGACUCUCGUCCAGGAUCAAGUUGAUGGUCUGGUCGAAGCCCUUCAGCGUGCCCUGCGACACAAACACACACACAGUUUAUUCCUCACUGUGCUCUUGAAAAACACACACACACUGAACUCACCACGAUCAUUCUGCCGUCUGACGUCACGAUGGCCACCGUGCCUGGGGAUGAAACGUCAAGGCAACUAACAGUGGCGGUUAACUUCUCGUCACGUGACACGCGUGACAAGUACAUUAAACAGCACAGCAAGGGCGCAAGUUAUGUUUUCACGCACUCGUUUUCUUGCGUUUAUCUCUGUGCGUGGCUAGCUCCUAAGUGCUACAUGCUAACAUUUCAUUCAUUCGAAAGGAGGCAGCGGCUGAAGCUAGCAUGCUAGUUAGCCGGAGGAGGAUACGGUUAAUGUAGCUCUCCAGGGCCGUGGACAUCUUUCCUUUCCUGCCGUCUAUCCAGCCACUGCGUCGGGGGGCGUUUCUGUCGGCGAGUAAUAUUGCAAAAAACCCAAAAACGAUGGAGAAGUAACAGUAGAUUAGAAAACCGCUAGCAGAUACCCAACACUGGUAAGAGAAAGUGGACUGUGCGUCAUUUCCGCUUCCUGUUUGCGUUUCGCUGUACUAAAUUUGUUUGAGUUUUUUUUUAUUGAAGUCAAGAACAUUACAUUCAAAAACAAGAAACACGAAUAACAAAUGGCAAAGGCAUAGAAAGAAGAGGAAUGUACAAAAAUAGAGCACCAAAAAGAUUCAAGAGUCAAGAGUUUUAUUGUCAUGUGCAUAGUAAAACAGGCAGUUAUACUAUGCAAUGAAAAUCUUAUUCUGUUCAUUCAAGAAAAGAAAGAAAACACAAGAAAAGAAUAAGAACAUCAGAAACAUCCAUCAAUCCAUUUUCUAUACCGCUUCAUCCUCAUUAGGGUCGCAGGGGCAUGCUGGAGCCUAUCCCAGCUGACUUCGGGCGACAGGCGGGGUACACCCUGGACUGGUCGCCAGCCAAUCGCAAGGCACAUAUAGACAAACAACCAAUCACACUCACAUUCAUACCUAUGGACAAUUUAGAGUCGCCAAUUAACCUCACCUGCAUGUUUUGGGGAAUGUGGGAGGAAGCCGGAGUACCCGGAGAAAACCCACGCGCACACGGGGAGAACAUGCAAACUCCACACAGAAAUGCCCAAGGGAGAAUCCAACCCAGGUCUUCCCGAUCUCCAGGCUGUUCCUGUAUUGGCCAUCGUGCUAACCACUAGACCACCGUGCGGCCCACAUCAGAAACAUAAAUACCAAUAAAUUAAGCAACAACAACAGAAGAGACAUUAAUACAAAUAAAUAAUACAAAUAAAUAAAUAAAGUGCUAUGAGUGUGUGCGUGUGUUGCGUGCGGCGUGUGUGAGUGCUUCGUUGAGAAGCCUGAUGGCCUGUGGGUAAAAGCUGUUUGCCAGCCUUGUGGUCCUGGACUUCAAACUCCUGUAGCGUCUGCCUGACGGUAGGAGUGUGAAUAAUGAGUGUUGUGGAUGUGUGCUGUCCUUGAUGAGGUUGUGUGUUCUUCGUAGGACUCUAGUUUUAUAAAUGUCUUGCAGUGAUGGGAGGGCUGCCCCAACAAUGUUCAAAAAUAAGUAAACAUUGGCGUAGAUCCUCCCAAAAGGCAUUAGAACAUGUUCUUGUACUUUCCACACAUUGGUUACAGAAUGAGCAAUGAUUGCAUUCAAAUCCAAAAGGUUUCCAUAGAAAAUGAGCAGAAGGGUAUAUUUCUUUCCAAUUUAAAAACAUUUAUUUCAUCCAAGAAAGAACAAAAAAGCAAUAUAACAUAAAACCAGAAUGAAAGGGAGCAGAAAGAAGACAAGUUUGAUUGUCUCUGCCCCUUUUUUCCCCAAGAAUUCAGCCACAAAGAAAGUAUGAAUUUAAAAACAACAACAAUAUAAACAAAAAGUAUACAUAUAGCAGCCAGGCCCGCAGACGGUCACGCCUCUCCUCAAUUCCAACUCAGCCAACGCCAUUAACAAUAACAAUAACAUUAACCAUGGUGUGACAAUCAAACAUAACUAACAUAUUUCAUAUUUCCUCAACAUACUAGUUUUAACCAUUCUUUUCAAUUUGAUAUCUGACUUGGAUUUUUACUUUCUUUAUUCAGGUUGAACUGACUCCUUUUACACAAACACAACAUUCCAUUAGUGUAGUCCUGAAUCUUGGUUUUUUGAAGUUCACUGUUCCUUUUAACAAAUACUUGCUUUUUUUCUUAAUGUUGAUUGGCAAAGCUUUUUCUGAAGCUUUGAGCAUAGUUUGCAAAAUACAGUAGACGCCCUACAACGUAAAUAAUCCGUUCCAAGAACCUUUAUGUUAGGGAUUUGAUGUUAUACGAAGCGUAAAAUACAUGUAAAUAGCCUAAUCCGUUCCAAGCUCUUUCCAAACUCACACCUUUGGGCCUUCAAAAUAUUCAAAGUUCACCAAAUAUGGUGGGAAAAUAUAAGAAAAUGUUAGUAUAAACAUAGUAGAGUAACAUUCCAAUAUAAAAUAAGGUAAAUAAGGUAUAAUGGUCGAUGGGGAACGGCCGUAUAGUCUAGCAACAUCACUUCAUUUCAUACCACCGUCAUGCUUCUGGAUCAUUUCCUGCUUUGUUUCCAUCGAUAACUUUUCCCUUUUUUUCUUCUCACUUCCACUUGGUUUAGGGCCCAUGACUCCGCUCAUUUUAACACAAAGAAAAGUAAACAAAUUAAAAAGAGAUUUCAAUGCGUGCAAACUAGUUUAAGGGCGACUACGAUGAGGAACAGAGCAGCAUGUCUCUCAUAAACACACCGACGCGCUGGAUUAGUCAGCCAAUGAGAUGAGAGCGUAGGCGGUGGCCCGAUAAUCAGCUAAUGAGAGCUUGAAGCCAGAAGGCGUCACCAAGUGUACUCUGUUAGUCUCUCUGUCGCUUGCACGGACUUGACGCUUUACGUUAUAUGGAAUUCCUUACGUAAUACGAUGCGAAAAAUGUACCUAAAUUCUUUACGUUCAGCGGAAUUUACAUAAAAGGGGGUUUAUGUUAUGCGAGGUACUACUGUACUGUAAUCUACUAAUUCAUGACAUUUCAAUAGUUUUAACUGAAGGAAUCAUGGAUUUGUUGGCUCUCUGUAUCGUUUCAUACUGAUUAUUCUUAUUGCUCUGUUUUGAAAAAUACAAAUUGACUGAGCAUUUCCCCAGACUUCAAUGCGACAGGUCAGAACAAUCAUGGUGGUGUACAACAUAUACAUUGCUUUGUUAGCCAGUGAAUCCUUUACUUGAUGUAACAAUGCUUUUAUUUUGGGUAUUUUUACCUUUGUGUACUGUAUAUGUGAUUUCCAACACAACUUCUCGUCCAGAAUGACACCCAAGAACAUGUUUCCCUUCCUCUAUUCACUCCAAUACCAUCUAUGUUAACUGAAGCACCAGUGUCUAUCCCUCUGUUACUGAAUAUCAUCAAGUUUGGUUUUUCAACUUUUAACAAUAAUUUGUAUACAUCAAACCACGUUUGUUACAUCUUCCCCACAAUAAAAUAAAGUAUUAUCAUCCGCAAACCCAAUACAUUUGAGCAGUUUGGAUACACAAACAAAAUCAUAAAUAUACAAAAUAAACAAUGUUGGCCUGAGGACCGACCCCUGAGGUACUCCACAGCAAAUAUUAUGUCAAUAUUGUAUUCCAUCAACUGCGUUUGUGAGAAUAUUGUCAAUAAUAGUUGCACUUUUUGAUGUUAUUCUUGUGGGCUUACAUAUCAUUGGGAACAGAUUCAAGCUGUACAUAAACAGGUCCAUUAUUACAUCAUGGGACAUGUGUAGAAUCUGGAUCUUAGGUGGAGGCAGAAUUGAAUUUCGGGGGGACGAAAAGUGGUAAAUUGCUUUGUUAAAUGUACGUGGAAUAAUAGAGCUGGUAAUUUCAAGUCUGGUGUGUUUUACCAUUGACCAAAAGCGAUAUAUAAUUGAUAUGCCACGGAGGUAUUGCAUUAACCACCACUCUGUAUUGCUUUUGAUCAUUUAUGCUACAUCUGGAACUAAAAGUCUCAAAUGGUAGCACAUUUCCUGUAUGAUCCAUCAAGUGAAUUAUACACCAUAUGCCU